GAAGAAUUACGGAGACUCACGGCUUCCUUAAAGCCCUCGUGGUGCGCGGCGCCGUUGUGCAGCUGUUAGUGAGGAGGCGUGUGCACGCGCUCAGUGGUAAUAAUGGUCAUUUUAUAUAAUGGAGGAGUGAAAGUAUGAAUCAGUCUUUUCUACCUAUAACAGCCACGGCAUUGCACGGCGGAUUACAUAUAGUACAUUAUUAAUUUAUGCGAUACAUCGUGAAGUAAAGGGUUAAAUCGCGUGGGUAUUUUAUCGUCUCGCCACGAGAAACUGCAUGGAAACGAUGAGCUGGGGUGCAGAGCUUUGGGAUCAGUUUGACAGUUUGGAAAAGCACACGCAGUGGGGUAUUGAGUUCCUUGAUAGGUACACUAAAUUCAUCAAAGAGAGAUGUGAGAUCGAAGUCAACUAUGCAAAGCAAAUUAGGAAUCUUUCAAAGAAAUACCAGCCUAAGAAGAGCCUGCGAGAGGAAGAAGAGAGCAAAUACACAUCAUGCCGGGCAUUCCUGGCAACGUUGAAUGAGCUGACCGACUAUGCUGGGCAGCAUGAGGUCAUUGCCGAAAACCUCACUGCCAAAAUUGUCUCAGAGCUGGGGCGCUACAUCCAGGACCUCAAGGCCGAGAGGAAAUCGCAUUUCCAUGAUGGGCGAAAAGCACAGCAACACAUGGAGAACGCCUGGAAGCAGUUGGAAUCGAGUAAACGCAGGUUUGAGAGGGACUGCAGAGAGGCAGACAGGGCGCGGCAACAUUUUGAAAAGAUGGAUGCUGACAUCAAUGUGACCAAGGCUGACGUUGAGAAGGCAAGGCUGCAGGCCCAGAUGAGAGCCCAGAUUGCAGAAGACAGCAAGAGCGAGUAUUCCUCUUGUCUGGAGAACUUCAACCAGGAACAGAACCAGCACUACCACACCCUUCUCCCGCUCAUCUUCCAGAGGAUCCAGGAGAUGGAGGAGCGUCGUGUGGAGCAAGUGGGGGUGUGCAUGAAGACGUUUGCGGAGGUAGAGCGGCAGGUCCUCCCCAUCGUGGGGACGUGCUUGGACGAGAUGAGCCGCGCUGCUGAGAGCAUCCAACCCAAAGCCUUGCUAAAUAGCCUGCCAGAGGAGAGACGGACACAUUCACACAUCCGCAUUCUGCAUCAACACCUGGCGUCUGGCAGUGGGGGUGUGAAGACAAGCCAAACUCAAGACUCCCAGCAGGUGGUGGAGUGCUACAAGUCCGGGUUUGAGCCGCCUGGGGAUGUUGAGUUUGAAGAUUACGGGCUAAAGAGGACAGCUUCAGACUCCAACCUGUCUCACACACGCAGCAGGAGCAAGAGCAAACUGUGGCCAUUUAUCAAAAGAAACAGGCUCAUGUCCCUUUUAACCUCUCCUCGUCAGCCCCCCCCUCCCCCACCCUCUUCACCGCCAUCCCCUGAUCUCCCUAAUGGCCCCCACUCACCCAAACCACAGAGAGAGCCUCUUUCACAUCGCCUUUCCGAACUCAUCAGCUCCAAACCCAGAAUGCAUUGCAGCUCCAAACCCAGAAUGCACUGCUUGCGGAGCCUGAAGCGUGGGCAGUCCAGCAGCGAUAACUAUUUUGACAAAGAGCUCAUGAAGAGGACUUUAGGCAAACCAACAUAUGCCUUCGAGGCCAGACAAUAUGUUGUAAGUGUGUGUGUAUUUUUUGUGUGUGUGUGUGUGUGUGUGCGUUUGUGUGUGUAUCUCUAUGUUUUUGUGUAUGUGUUUCUGUUUCUGUGUGUAUGUGUGUUUUUGUUUCUGUGGGUACAUGUCUAAGUGUGUGUGUGUGUGUGUGUGUGUGUAUACAUGUGUGCAUGUGCUUCAGUUUUUGUGUGUUUGUAUAAGUGCGUACAUAUGUGUAUAUGUUUUUUUUUUGUAUGUGUAGCAAUAUUCUAUGUAUGUAUGUAUUGUGUGUGUAUGUAUAUAUAUAUAUAUAUAUAUAUGUAUGUAUGUAUGUAUGUAUGUAUAUAUGUGUGUAUUUAUGUGCAGUGCCCAUCGUAAGUACUGGGAAAGUGAAGUUGGUUUGCAUGCCCAGUAUUAUUUACAUUUUUAAGAUUAACACUGAAUAUUUCAUACUUUUUAUUUCCAAGUGCUAAUUAGAUCCAGUGGCAGUGUACGAAGAUAAUAAGAAUUUGUACAAUUUUUGAAAGGUAGCUCCAAAACUUUGUUCUACUCCCUUUGUUUUGUAGAUGACAUAAAUUAUAAAUGAGUUACAGUAUGAAUGGAUGAAUUAAGUGAAACACGUCUGGAUCUUAUGAAUUCACAUCAAGUGGAAAAUCAUUGAGCAAGGAUUUAUUCAGCUCAGAAACAUUGAAUAGCACACUACUACAGCAACAAAGCCAUUGCAAAGCAUUUCAAAUGAAUAAACAAAGGGUUUGGUUAUGUCAAUGAAAUGUGCAAAAGAAUGUGCAGUGGAGAAUAUACUUCAGCAGGCUGUAAAUAAGCCCAAGUUAACUUGUUCCAAUGUGACCUGAAAUGGUGGAUUGGAUAAAAUGGGUCCUGUUAUUUUAAAAUGGCAAAAUAUGCAUUUCUAGAACUAGCCAGAAAUGAAAUGGCACAUCCUGUACUUGCUCUGCAUAAAUUCAUUAUUUUUAUCACACACCCCAACUGCUUAAGCACAGAGCAGAAAUAAAAAGUUGCAGUAAUUAUAAUGGAGUAAUUAUAAUGGGUUCUGUUUGUAUGUGUGUAAUUAUGCAUGUGUAUUCCUUUAUGUGUGUGUGAGAGAGGGAGAGAGUGAGUGUGUGUGAGUAAUGUGCUAAUGUGGUUUUAUGUCUGUGCCAUAUGUAUGCACUUGUUUUUGUGAGUAUGCAUGUGUGUCAGUGUGCAUAUGUCUAUAUGUAUGUAUGCAUUUGUGUUUUUUUUGUAUUUAUGUUCAUGUUUCUGGGUGUGUCUGUGAGACACACAUAAGCAUAUGUGUGUGAGUGUGAGAAUGUGUGUUUGUUACUGUGUGUAUUUUUCUGUGUGUUUGUUUGUGUGCGCACGUGUCUGUCUGUCCCAGGUUUUCUGUAUGUGUUUGUAUUUAUGUGUGUAUGUGUUGAUUGGUUGACUAGAGAUAUAGAUGUGCCACACAGACACUAUCCUCAGGCAAAGAUGGUAGAGGUGUCCAAAUCUCUGCUACUGUAUGUGGACGGCUCCACCCGGCUGAUCUCAGAUCAGUGCACUCUGUCCUUCCAUUCAGAGCACUUUAAUGGUUUUCUGCUCUGAAAUUGUGUCAUUCCAUGGUUUUGCAUUGAUUUUUUAUUCUAUCUCUACCUUUUCUGAGAAAAAAUAUUUAAGAAACCAUUUAUAAUAACAAUAUCAAACAGUGAAUAGUUGCAUAUAGUUGUAUGCUUUGGUGUAUAUAUUACCAGAAGAGAAGCUCAGUUUUUAACUUAAAAUGACAUCUGUCAGAUGGGGCUAGUGUCUUGGGCUACAGCCACUGCCAUAGCUUUUGGUCAAAUUAGCUGACAGAUCACAUGAUCACACAGUCUUUUCUGGAGUCCCCUAUGCUUUUGUGGCUGAGCUGAUGAUCACUGUAACAUGCCCAUAGUCUAGAUAUCUUCUCCUUAUUCACAUAGUAAGGGGUUCAUGUACAAAGUGUCGCAGGUACAGAGGCAGAGAGGUAAAUGUGGUGGGGGGUGGUGGUAGGGACAGGGGUCAGAUUCACAAAAAAUGUUGUCCAAUUCAGCUGGAUCUAUCUUUGUGCUGGUGACACUUUGGAAUGCUGAGAAACUGAGUUCUCCUGUCUAGCUCUGCCUGUCCCUGUCCCAUCAAUUCCGAGUCAUCUGGGACCAACAGCCUUUCUUCUGGCCUGUUCGUUUGUUGGUGACUAGUGCUAUGUUGUAUGUGAAUCUUGUGUAUAGGAGCUCCUGGAGGCCCCAGAGCUGGGACAGAGACCCCUUCUCAUCCGAUUCAUAUGUUUGUGGAGCUGGGGCACAAUAAUUGCAAUUAAUCAACUAAUGCAUAAGUGGAACAAACAUUUUGGCGAGAUCUUAAGCCCUUCAUACAAGCCCUCGAGUGGCCAUGAUGCCGGAUUUCUCAACUCAGACAUUCAAUGCUCCUGCAAUCAAACUAUGAGAUGAAACAACAAACUCUGUGUCCUAGCUUUAUUAGUAGACAGUACACGACAGACUUUCUAAGCGCUACCACAGUGGCGUAGGUCAUCCAUAUAACAAGCACCCUCUCCCUGUAGUCUCAUCUGCUACUACACCCCCCAAGCAUGACACACUGGACAAUAGCGUCUAUCUGGGCAUUCAUAAAAAAUAUUAUUUUACUUCCAAAAAUUCGUAUUUUGUCAUAGCAACAAGAUAAACCCAACAAUAGCCCCAUAUUGCCAAUACAGCAGUGAAAAACGCUGCUCACUGAAAAACGAAAUAAACAAGACAAUUUUUCUGGAAUUAUACUAUGUCAUUCUGCUAUGAAUAUCUGUGACUAAUGUGGAAUAAAUAUACUAUCUUACCAUUAGUUUCACAUGUAAACAGGUCCCUUUCAAAAUUCAGUGGUCACUUAUGAGCAGUGCGCACAAAAUGCCCAAAGCAAGUUCAGCCAGCAAACUCAAAAUUGCAGCCGAAAAAUUGGUCGGCCCCAUUGAAUGCAUCCAAUUGCAUACACACAACAUUCUGCUCUUACCCGUAAAAUCACAGGCACACAAUACCAAUUUUUAAACCUUUUUGAAACCAACAUUCAGUCCUCUCAGUGCCGCUGCUUGCCUUCUCGGCUUUGCGUGCUUCACUUGCUGCUGUUCAGAAUUGCGCUCCUCAAAAAAUUGCUGCUCUUCCAAUCGCUGCUCAAAAUAUUACUGCUCUAACAAUCGCUGCCCAAAUAAUUAUUGUUGUAACAAUUGCUGCUGAAAGAAUUACUGCUCUAAAAAUCGCUGCUUAAAUGGGUAUAGGCUAUAGCCUACCUGCUGGAUAGUUAGAGCUGUGUUUCCUGCAUGCUCCGUGACAUUUGAUGACGCCAACUUUUGUGUUGUGAGUAUUGUACCAUAUCGGACCUGUGUUUUGUAGUUGUUCCAAUGACCUUCAAUAUGCACUUAUUGUAAGCCACUUUGGAUAAAAGCGUCUGCCAAAUACAUGUAAAUAAAUGUAAAUGUAAUGUGUCGUCCGGCUACCGUUGUUGAACUUCUAACUCGGUUGUACCUGCCAUAUGACUGUAAAGAGAGCGUUAUUUAAGCAUUUGGUUUUAAUGAAACCCUGUGUAACCCAUGCAUUUCUUAUCGUCCUUGCUUGGUUGUUGUAAGAUUUUUCCAACUGGUUGAUAAUAGCACCAAAGCAUUGCUAGCCAGCAAGGGCUGGCUUGCAAGAAAGAAACUUAUUUAUUUUCAGUAUUAACGUGACCGUUGUUAUGGAAGACAUGCUCUCCGUCAAUUGCCAGUGUAUUUUCAACAUUAAAUGAUCAAUUCUGUCUGGUAUAAAAAUAAAUGAAUAAACAAAAUAUAUAAAUACUACGAUUUGAACUUGCAUUACAAUAAAGUCCUGACCAGUGUUUGGGUGUUUAGGUGGUCAGCAUUGUUGGCACCGAAUGAGUAUCUUGUUGCUAACGCUUAUAUAAUCCCUCUGAAGCCUAAACUAAUCAAUGCGUUCUGCACAAUCCGUUUGCGUCCCACUGGGAAAAAUUCCAAGAAUGGGCCUUGUUUAGUAUUUUGGUUUUUUCCAUUACCUGUUUGAUUCUCCUGCCAGAGAUUAAUAGCAUUUACAGCUGCUAACACGUAAACUGUCUAAUAUUCGUGAUAUCAUGAUCGUAUAACUUUGUAUCACUGCUGGUAACUGGUUGUUGUUCUUCUGUGGUGAAUUGCUUGGAUUAGACCAGUUUGUUCCAGAAGUGCGAAUACAUGAUUGUAUAGAACACCUCCUGAAUGAGAGAAAAAAACAUUCCCCUUAAUUUUAUAGCAAUCCAAUUCUUGCAAUCAUCUCUGAUUCUUUUGGACUAUUCUGCUGUCUUUUGGUUUCUGCAUUUUGGGUUACUUUGGAACAAAAGCUGUGAUUUGGUGUCUGCUUUCAUUUAUUUCUUAUGUGACUGUUCUUGUCAGUAACCUUUGUUAAUUGUUUUAAGGUAGUUGAACCUCGUCUAUAGAUUAGACAUGAAUAUUUGUUGUAACUUAAUAAAUUUCUUAAUUUU